AAAACAUGACGAGAACGAAUGGAAGGCUAUUGUCAAGCUUCCCGGAGUUCCCGAAGAGGCUAUUAAGACCAGAGUGGAAGGCAACAACCUCCAUAUAUCGGCCGACGUCGAAUUAAGUACUCUUUCUGGUGGACCCAACAUCACCGUUGAAUCGAACGAGAUUAAGAAGUUUUCUCAUUCUGUCGUUAUUCCUCCACAAUAUAAUACAAAUAAGUUGGGGAAAAAAUUCGAAAACGACGACACUACAAUCAUCACUAUUCCUAAAAAAUAA